AUAGUUCGCACUGUCUAUUUAAUAUUCUUAAUUCUGGGUAAAUUUGUGUACGUUUCUACACGAAACAAAAAUCAUGAAAGAAAAUAUGAAUUUAAAGUAUUUAUUAUUAUUCGUGUAUUUUGUGCAAGUGCUAAAUUAUUGCUAUGGACAUGGUGAUCCGUUAUCUUACGAAUUAGAUAGAGGACCCAAAUGUCCUUUUAAUUCUGAUACGGUUUCGAUGAUUAUUGAAACAAGGGAAAACCGAAAUCGUGAUCUUUAUACAUUACAGACAUUACAGAAUCAUCCUGAAUUUAAGAAAAAAACCAUAACUCGUCCAGUUGUAUUCAUUACACAUGGUUUUACUUCAUCUGCAAGUGAAACAAAUUUCAUAAAUUUAUCAAAAGCUUUGGUAGAUAAAGAUAACUAUAUGGUUAUCUCAAUCGAUUGGCAGACGGCUGCUUGUACUAAUGAAGCUGCAGGUUUAAAGUAUUUAUAUUACCCUAUUGCUGCUAGUAAUACACGCUUAGUUGGACAAUAUAUCGCUACGAUUACCCAGAAACUCGUAAAACAAUAUAAAAUCUCGAUGGCAAAUAUACGAUUAAUUGGACAUAGUUUAGGAGCACAUGUUUCAGGUUUUGCAGGCAAAAAGGCUCAAGAGAUAAAAUUAGGAAAAUAUUCUGAAAUUAUUGGGCUUGAUCCUGCUGGGCCUUCGUUCAGUUCAAAUAAAUGUUCCGAAAGACUCUGCGAGACAGAUGCAGAAUAUGUUCAAAUUAUACAUACAUCAAACCAUUUAGGAACCGAGAGAACCCUUGGUACCGUCGAUUUCUACAUGAAUAACGGAAAAAAUCAACCUGGUUGCGGUAGAUUUUUCUCAGAAGUUUGUUCUCAUUCGAGAGCCGUGAUAUACAUGGCUGAGUGCAUAAAACACGAAUGUUGUUUAAUUGGGAUACCGAAGUCAAAGAGUUCGCAGCCUAUUUCGUCGUGCACAAAACAGGAGUGCGUUUGCGUUGGAUUAAACGCAAAGAAGUAUCCUAAUAGAGGUUCAUUUUAUGUACCGGUUGAAAGUACUGCUCCUUUUUGCAAUAACAAGGGGAAGAUAAUUUAAUAAUAUAAAAAAGUAAUUUCCAUUGACCGAAAUGCAUUUGUUAAUGGUGAAAUGAAUAAAUUACCAUUUAACAAAUAAUCGUACAUGCAGAAUGUCGUCCCAAAUAAUUGCACAGUAUAUAAUGGAUGAUCUUAGCAAAUUUAAAAAAUAAAAAAAAAAUUAUAUAAACAUAUAGCCUAUUUGAUAUUGCUUUUUAGUUGUAGUGAAUUUAAUGUUUCUAUCUGCUUAAGUUGAAACUGCUUUCUUGCUUUUGAAUAAAUGCCUGUAAACAUAUUGUCAAUGAUUAUUUUAUUUUUUCGUACGUUCAGAUUUUGCUUGGAUUUGUUAGAAAUUUUGUUUAAUUUUUUCACGAAGAGUAUCAACUCUUGGAUUUCACAUAAUCUCAAUUAAAAGUCGAAUACAAAAUCAAAUAUCUUUAUAUGAACCUUUUUUAUUGUUUUUACGUGCCGAAGUCAUUUCUAAAAUGUUUCAUAUUCUUUUCGGGACAGUAUUUAAUAUCUAGCAAGUAUUUAUAUACAUUAUUUUUAUAAAUGAAAGAUAAAUAGGUGUGGGAGUUCAAAAAAUGGAGUAUCCUUAAAUAUGUUGCUUAUAUAUCUGUGUUUUAUAUAUAUAUUUUUAUAUUUAUUUGUAUUUAUUGUUAUUUAUUUAAAGUGCAUAUGAAUAUAUUAGAUAUUCUGUAUAUGUACGUCAAUCCAUUUACCUUGAGAUAUGCAUAUAUGAUUAUCAUAAAUAUUUUUACGAUGAUAUUUGAUAAAUACACAGUAAUGAUAGAUAAACGUUUUCAAAGUAUCUUCGAAAGAUAUAAACAAUAACAAUAGCUUUUACAUUUAUCGCACGUUUGUUUAUUUAUUUCUCCAAUUGAAUUAUCUUUCUGAUAUCAGGAAUAUUUAUGUUAUAAUUAUAUAAAGAUAAAGCUUUGUCUUAAACCUUAUAAUGUAUUCUAAGAAAUGUUUAGUUCACAAGGAAGUAGCUCUGUAAGGAAAUGAGUUUACAAGGAAAACAUAAAUUAUUGAUGAUAAACAUUUUGACAGUUUUUUGACGUUUAUACACGUGCCUAUACAUUUCCGGAUGUACGAAAUUGUAAUUUAUUUGACCAAGUAUGCCUUAUCUAAAUGGUAAUAUUUGAACUUAUAAUGCGUUUAAAUAGUAUAAAUAGUAAUAGAAUGCUCACUCGUACUGUUAGUAUUGUUAAUUCACCAAAAACUUUAUUUUCGAUUCUUCGGACAGUUAAAAUCGGAAAAAAUGAAUUCAAAGUACUUGAUAUUAUUUAUAUGUUUUGUGCAGGUGUUGCAUUAUUACUGUGCGGAUGGAAAAUGAAGAUAUAUAAUAUUUGUAGGUAAAUCGGUGAUAUCAGACUCAAUUUCGUCGUUUAUUCCAUCAAAAAAUAACGUGUUUCCAGAUUGUUAUUUUGGCGUUGACACGAUUUCGUUUAUUCUCUACACACA